GCAUGCGUGGUUAUCACAGCAGGAUACCAUUUGAGAGCGUACAAAAAAAAUUCGAUUCACAGGAGAGAAAGAGGAAAAAGAGAAUAAGGAGAAAAGAUUGUUCUCGUCGAAAUUACCAAGGGACUCCAAAGCAUUAUGGCCAAGUCUCCCACUGAGCGGAACCCUACAGCGUCUCACUAUUUCCGUCAUGCCAGGCGGGAAGAAGGACAGCUGCGACUAAGCUCUCCAGCAGAGACACUUCAUAUCCUGCCACACCGUGAGUUGCGAUCAACGCCCAACUGCCGGGUAGAGUGUCGACUGAAUUCCCGCUAUUCCUCGGUGAGGUCCACGCAGAGCACAGGUUGGGUGCAUCCAUAUGCAGAGACGGUCACGCCCGAUUUUCACUGUGAACUUCCCGUUCGGGAGUUGAAUUCGGAGUGGUCUGCUGUUACAUAGCUCUUUUUGUAUUGAAGGUCGAAGACCACUCUGGUCACAAAGAUACUACGCACCGAGAUACUUUUCUUCAUCUUUUUCAACCCAUGUUCAACAAGCGCUGUGAAUCAGACGACAAAUGUAAUGUAAUGCCGCUUUACGAUAAUUAACUAACUAUCGAUUUUAAACUCGAGAUAUUAGUAACCACUCUUUAAUUUAGAAACGGACCAGUAGGACACACAGAAAGGGAAAAGUGACAAGUGGUUUCAAACCUCUUUUUAUUUAUUUUUCUCAACGUGCACCGGAGGAAGAUUGUUCUAAUGAGAAAGAAGAAGGCAAUCAAACUCGUGUCCACCAGCAUGUCAUCACGACGGAAGCAGUCAAAACCAAGGGCACUCAAAAGAGAAGUGAGUGAAGAUGAGAAACAACCACCUCUGGCGGAUGAUGGAACAGGAUGCGAUCCGGAGAAUGGUGGGGGAGAUGUUGCCUUAGAAAAGAUCGCAGCUUUUGAUGAAGCCACCCCUGGGGAACUCACCAACGACCCGGCCAAUGAAUCACCGACAGUCAACGAUAUGAUGGCGGGGGAUAAUACUGAUGUCGCCAUGGAGAUGGAUGCUGCGUCUGAAAAGGCUGGUGACACAGCAGAGGAAGAGGAUGAAGAUGACGAGGAUGGAGAUGAUGGGGAAGACGAGAAUGAUGAUGACGAGGAAGAAGAGAUAUACAAAUGCGAUGUCUGCAGUGAGACCUUCAACAGUAUUACCGACUUUAUGGAUCAUAGAAAUAAAGACUGCCAGCCAGAUGACAGUUUGAUUGCGGGUGAUGUUGAGGGAGAAGCUCAAUAUCGACUUGAACACAAGGGACUUGUUUCUGCAGUUGAUAAGUCCUUACCGUAUCCCUGCCAGUACUGCGACAAGUCCUUCUCAAGACUUCGUUUCUUGAAAAUUCAUGAGCAGAGCCACAGAGAUAAGCUUAAAUUUGAAUGCACUUACUGCGCUCGCCUCUUCAAACACAAAAGGAGUUUGGAUCGGCAUGUGAAGCUACACACUGGAUUCAAGAAAUACCACUGUCCAUACUGUGAUGGAGCAUAUGCCCGCAGCGAUCAUCUCAAGACUCAUAUCCAAACUCAUAUUAAAGGCAGUGUGAAGAAACAAGGACCCGCCAGCCUGCACCUUUGUCCAACUUGCAACCGUGGCUUUCUAACUAGUCGAGCUCUGGUGCUCCACCAGAACACCUGCAGUAAAUCUAGCCCUGAGGAAGAGCUAGCUUUCAAGUGUGAUCAGUGCUCCGUUUAUUUCUUAUCAGCAGAGCAACUAGAUGAGCACAUUGCCCAACAUGCAAGCAGCAGUGGUGUGGUGGUAGAGUAUUCUGAUGGGGAAGUUAAAUCCAAGCGACCCAAUAAGCUGGAUGUCCAGGACAAUAGCAAUCACAGCAUCAUAAUGGAGCCUUCCAGCUCAUCCCAACCAAAUAGUCAGAGUGGAACACCAGAUACAUCCUUGAAUUGUCCUCACUGCUCAUGGACGAAUUUCCCAAAUGCAGAAUCCCUGAGCAUACACAUCCAGCAGAUACACAUAAAAUCUCCUUCCACACCACAGAGCUAUGUCUGCCACUACUGUGGGAAGGAGUAUCCAAGUCUGUUCAAUCUGAAAGAGCACAUUUCAGCUCUUCAUGAAAAUGAAGUGAAAAACCUACAAAGUGGGGACGAAGCUUGCAAUUUCAUCUGUGGAUACUGCACAAUGAAGUUCAGCUCUAUGACUGAGCUACAUGAACAUGUUAAAGGUGUGCAUUCAAUGACUGGACUUAUAUCUUACCGGGAAGAUGGCAAACUUGUCUGCCCAUACUGUAAUGCAGCCUUCCCAAGUGAGGUAGCUCUCAUGGAUCAUUUCAGGAAUGUCCAUAAUUCUUUUGACAAUGCCAAGGAUUGUUCCAAGCUUCAGUGCCCUCAUUGCACCAAAACAUACCCCAACGAACGGUACCUCCAAGAACAUAUGAAGAGAAGUCACUGUAAACCUUUAGACAAAAUGAAGUACCCUUGCCCAUAUUGCAUCAAGCAAAACCUCUUUGACUCGAUUGAGCAGCUGCAACUUCACAUUGAAGUGUUUCAUAAGAGCUCCCACACUCCUGUGUACUUGAAUUCCGACUCUACUUGUAGCUCAAGUUCUGGUAGUAUCCUUAAAGAUCAGCUAAGUGGGAAUCACUCCAGUAGCAAAUCUAAUGCUGACAAACUGUCUCCACCUCCUAUUUCGAUUCCCACAUUCAAAGUUACUAAGGAUGUAAAAAAGGAAACAAAAGUGGUGAAGAAAGAGCCAGCCACCAGCCCCAUACCAACCCCUGUUUCUAUUUCAGUAUCGCCACCAGAGGAUCAAGAACACCAAUCACAAACCGGUGAAGAUUCUACAAGUGAGGAGACUAAGGCAUCUUGUCCCACCUGCCACAAUGAAUUUUCCAACAAAGAACAACUGCUUGUGCAUGUCUUAACCCAUUUCAAGAGCGUGUCCAAGGAGUAUGUGUGUAAAGAUUGUGGAAAAUCUUUUAAAAAGCCUGAUGAACUCCAGAAACAUCUGUUUGAAAUCCACGCUCACCAUCUUUUCAAAUGUUCCCUCUGCAAAGAGGUCUUUGACUCUAAGGUUUCUAUUCAAGUGCACUUUGCUGUGAAACACAGUAACGAAUACAAGAUUUUUAGCUGCACUAAAUGUGGAGUAGCGUACAAUGCUGAAGCAGAACUGUUGAAUCAUGUAAAAUCAGAACAUCUCAAAAUGGUACAACCCUUCAAAUGUAUAUUCUGCAGUCAAAACUUUGCAUCCGAUGUAGAGUUUCAGUGCCAUCUCACUACACAUUCGAAUCAGUUUCGUUGCCCAUUCUGUAAUGCUCCUUACCAAUCCCAGGAGGCUCUUGAUAUCCACUUGCAGGCAGCGCAUGACCAUGUCGGUGGGAGCAGUACUCUUUCAAAACCUGGUGAGCCAACAGAGACUCCUAAUGAGGUUCAUGGAAGGACUUCUGUUGAUAGUGCAAAAAGGGGCUCAGUGACUUCAGAAAGCAGUGUGAAAAGUCCAAAGCCCAAAGAAGACAGUGCUACUGAUGAAGUGGCUGGAUGUUUUACCUGUCAGAUCUGUGAUAUCAUGUUUCCUCUAAAAUCCCUUUUGGAGAAGCAUCGGGAAACAGAGCACAACAUCAAGGCAAGGAGUGCUACUAUCAAAAUGGAAAUGACCCAGUCCAUCAAUAUUGCAGACCAUAUAAAGGGAAAGUUUUCAUGUCAGAUUUGUCCAGAGAAGUUCAAAUCAAAGUUUGAGAUGAUGAAGCAUUUGAAUAAUCACAGUAUGCAGGAAAAACAAACCUUAGCCCAAAUUGCUCGAUCAUCCAAAUCACCAGCAGUGUCACCCCGUUCUGAUAGUCCACAACAACCUUGUGUUUGUCAGGUUUGCCACCAGUCAUUGCGCUCUGAAGCGGAAUUCCUUGAUCACACCCAGCGACACAAUAUAGAUUUGUCUUUAGGUUCAGAGAGAAUCCGCUGCUUGGUUUGUCUUCAGCAGUUGACGUCUUUGGUAGAACUGCAACUGCAUGCUCGCCAUCAUACUCAGAUUGUAUCAUCAUUGUCUGGUCAAGAGCUCUAUCCUUGCUAUUUAUGCGGGAAGGCAUUCGCAAGCAGAGCCGAUGUGGUACCAAAGCUUGACAGUGAUGGGCGGCCGUGUUUCAGCUGUAUGCGCUGUGUCAAAACAACCCUUGAAGCUCAGUUUCAUGGUGUCACAAAGCCAACCUCAGUCAAUCAGCUUGGUGGACAGUUUUCAAAUGCCAAAGGAGAGGUCCCUGAUUCUAUUGUAGCUGUGCAUAGGUGUACUGUUUGCAGGGUCAAGUUUGAAACACAAGAAGAGUUAGUUAUUCACAUGCAGGUUCAUAGCCAGGCAACAUCCAGCAGAGAGGCUAAUGCAAAUGCUGUCGGAAGCUCUACAGGGAAAACCUACCAGUGCAUUAAAUGUCAAAAGACUUUUGCUACAGAGGCAGAGAUCCAACUACAUGUAACAUCACAUGUCCUUGCAGAAGGUGUCCUACAUGAAUGUAAGCUCUGCCGCCAAGUCUUUGAUUCCCCUGCUAAACUCCAAUGUCACCUCAUAGAACAUUCCUACCCCGACAAAGAGUACCGCUGUCCAAUCUGCAGAGCUUUGUUCAGUUGUGCCAAUGACAUUCAAGCUCAUGCCAUUGAGCAUGGAAUGGACAGUAGACAUCACAAGUGCAUGAACUGCAACCAGUCUUUCUUCUUUCCCGCUGAACUGAUGAACCAUGCCAAAUCUCAUCCACAGUGCCAUCAAGAGAGCAAGUUCAAUUGUGGAGAAUGCAAGCAGAGUUUUGCAUCACUCUUCAGUCUCAGCAACCAUAUGAAGCUUCAUCUCAACAAGCCUACAGUGAAGUGUUCAGUGUGCCCUGAGGUUUUUCAGUCUGUCCUGGAAAUGCAGCACCAUUACUUCCGCGUCCACUCUGAGGCGGAUGUGGUUGAGAAGACAAAGACGUAUGACUGCUCUAAAUGUGGGAAGAGCUUUCCCUGUCUUAGCAAUCUCCAGGGCCACAUGCGCAUCCACCAUGAUGGGAAGAAGUAUACUUGCGGUGAGUGCAACAAGGUCUUUGCACUGGCCCGUAACCUCACCAUACACAUGCGAUCGCAUAGCGGUGAGAAACCUUAUCAAUGUCCUAUCUGCGACAAGAGAUUUGCCCGCAAGGAGAACCGGAAAGUCCACAUGCAGUCACACAGUGGCGUACGUCCGUUCAUGUGUCCUCACUGUGGCAAGAUGUUCUCUAGGAAAUUCCAUGUGCAGGUGCACAUGAGGACCCACUCCAAAUCCCGCAUGUCUUCUACCCACCAAUGCGAGAUCUGCAAGGAUAAUUUUACCCUGGCCAAGAACCUUCGCCGUCACCUUAAGAAGGUGCACAAGAUCCAGAGCAGUCUGCUGCCAACCAUUGUCCCGGACAAUCUAGAUGAUGAAGAAGAGGAAGCAUUGAUGGAUGAGGGUAUGGGUGAAGGAGAGUCUGGUAUGGUGGAACAGGAAGUCAGUAGCAGUCAAGAUGUUGCCAUGGUAUCGGUAGAACAUAGGCAAUCUGAAUAGUGUGAUUUUAAUAGAAUUAGUUUAUCAGUUAUAGGCUCAAGGCAUAGCUUCUGUUGAUUCUAAAUGAUACAUGAUGAUGAAGUUUACAUAUAUGUUAAUAUGUACAUGUACAAGUUUUGUAAAAUCAUUAUCUUAGGAAUGUUUGAUAAUCAUACAUGUACAUACUAUUGCAAUCUGGACUGGUUUUUGUCUCGCCUGCAUAGCAGAGCGAGACAAAGGGCGCCGCUCUUCCGACGGCGGCGGCGCCGUCAACAUUGAAAUCUUAUCAGGUUUUUUAUAGGUCAUUAUGAUGAAGUUAAGGGGUAUAUAGACCCAGUUCAUGAAACUUGGACAUAAGGGUAAUCAAGUAUUAAUAUCCUGCUGAGUUUCAGGUCACUUGACCAAGUUCAAAGGUCAUUUAGGGUCAGUGAACUUUUACCAUGUUGGGGGAAUCAACGUCAAAAUCUUAACUCAGGUAAAGUUUUUUAAAUGUCGUCAUAACUUUGAAAAUUUAUUGAUCUAGUUCAUGAAACUUAGAUAUAAGGGCGGGCAUAAGGGUACCGGUGUAUCACUGAACUUCCUGCCUAUCCUGAGUUUCAGGCCAUAUGACCAAGCUCAAUGGUCAUUUAGGGUCAACGAACUUUGGCCAUGUUUGGUAAUUGCGGAAUUGUCAUCAUAACUUUGAAAGUUUAUAA